UUUUCAUUGGGCUACACAAGCGGCUGUAUUACCUCACCGCCUCCCUUCUCUUAUCUACUGCCAUUCAAACACUGAUACUUGAGGUGAUUACAUUACUGCUACUUUUCUUCAACGCCCGUGGCUCUCUCUUUCCUCUCCAACAAUACAUCUCCACCCACUCGACAAGUACUGGCACCACUGCGACACAUGGCAGCCACCACUAAUCUAUCAAAAAUGACAUCAACCGCACCUUCGACGGACUCCACCGACUGGCCCUACAAGUUGGCAGAUAUUACAUCCAAGCUAGGAUUACCCUCCGAAAGAGAGAUUUCAACAUUCAUCCUAGAGCCCGCGUUCUUGGAUCCAUGGGUUUCCUUCCGCGACCAACUUCCCCUCACGCCCGGUGUUACCGUCCCCCCAAAAGACAAGGACGCCAUGACCGCACUAACUAUCAAGAUUUACGACAUGAUGGACUGCAUGGCCACAUCACAAUACGACAGGCCCACGUAUACCGACCACCAGGCCUGGAACUCAGCCAACUUCAUUGAAUGUCUGAUCUACCAGAGCGCGCGCAACCUCGCUCGACAAGGCCAGCACUUCUAUACAUCCUUCCAGCGACCCAAGUUGAAAAAUGAAGCGGGUAGGAAGGUGGCAUUUAAUCAACUCCACGGCCUCGCCAUGCUCGUGUUCAAACUCAUUGUCGGGUAUACAUCAAAGCCUCCUUCGAGCGUCAUUCGGCGCAUUGAAGCUGCUUGCCCAGCGAAGGAUCCCAGUCGCUCUCCUCUACCUGAGAUCCGCGUCAAGUGGCAGCUGGAUCAAACACCUGUGGAUGAAUUGCGCAAGAAGGUGCUGGACUCGGAGCGCAGAGGCCAGGAGGAAAAGCAGUGGCUAGUCAAUAUUCUUAUGGGCAAGGAGAGUGCGCCGAUAGUGGAAGGGUUGGUGAAUGGGGAGGUUAAGAAGGAAAAGAGUGUUGGCGUGGUGGGUACGGGCAUGAAGAGGGCGAGCGGUGCGGUGGCUGAGGAGGCGAAGAAGAGAUCAAAGACCGCGGGAUGACGUGUAGUGCGUCGGGGAGGGGUCAUUACCAUGUAUGUGGGGCGAGAUGGAGUCUGGAGUUUUGCGUGCCAAAAGUGGCCUUUAUACGUUUUGCUUUCGAGUAUCCAACGGGAUAUGUCGAGUGCACAGGU